GCAGAUUGGUAUGGCAGUGGACGUUAAGGGUCGGGUGGCGUUGUAAUGGCAAAAAGUUUGCGAAAGGGUCGGGAUUGGAGAUAGACAAGAUGGACCAACAGUAUUGUCUACGGUGGAACAAUCAUCCAGCCAACCUCACAGACGUUCUCAGCUCAUUGCUUGCCAGAGAGGCACUGUGCGACGUUACCCUGGCAUGUGUUGGAGAGACAUUCAAGGCACACCAGACGAUACUCUCUGCAUGCAGUCCAUAUUUUGAGAGCAUUUUCCUCCAGAAUACCCAUCCCCAUCCAAUUAUAUUCCUGAAGGAUGUCAAUGAGACGGAAAUGAAGGCAUUGCUGCACUUUAUGUAUAAGGGAGAAGUUAAUGUUAGUCAGCAUCUACUACCGAUGUUCCUUAAAACAGCGGAGGCAUUACAGAUUAGAGGCCUCACUGAUAAUAGUGUAAAUAACAAGACAGAAGAAAAAAGUCCAUCACCAGAACCAGAAACGCAAACUGGUGUUAGGCAUACUGAUUCUCCUAACCUUCAGCCUCUUCCUGAAAAAAGGAAAAGAAAGGCUUCAGGCAGCUAUGACGUUUCCCUUAGUGGUACACCCAGUGAACGGUUCAUGUCCGAUUCUCAGGCAUCUUCACAAUGUAGUUACAAAUCAAGCCCUCCUGUGAUUCCAAAGUUAAAUAAUGCCUUGGGAGGUGAAAUGGAGGAUGGUGGCCGACCUAUGUCUCCUGCAUCACAGCCGCAACCAUCUAUCAAGCAAGAGUUAGAUCAUCACUUACCAGACUUCCACGACAACAUCUCCCUCCCAGGCCAUCCAGUCGGACUGCUCGGAGAGGAAGGAGGAGCCACGACGGGCGCGCUAAGCGAUGGCGUGCCAGGAAUUGAAUCGUCCGAACACCAUAAUCCCCCAGAAAUGCUCGACGGACUCGAUGGUUCAAAAGCCUGGCACAUGCGGCUGACCUUUGACCGGGUGCCAGGCGGCUGCAACCUUCACAGGUGCAAGCUGUGCGGCAAGGUCGUGACGCACAUCAGGAACCACUACCACGUCCACUUCCCCGGCAGGUUUGAGUGUCCUCUCUGUCGUGCCACGUACACACGUAGCGACAACCUGCGCACGCACUUUAAAUUCAAACACCCCGAGGCAAGAAAGAUCGAUCUAAACGAUUUCAUGACCGGCACCCUGGCGCUCUCCACGAUGACUAACGAUACCAUGAACACGCUGUCCUAAAAAUGCGCUAGAAUACCGAACCGUACACGCGUCUGUAUAUAUCUUAUACAUAAUAAUAUAUAUAUAUACAUAUAUAUAUAUUUACACUUACGUAAUAGGCGCCCCGAG